UUGCAGAGAAAAGGACAUGCUGAUCUUUUAGCAGAGUAUGAGAAACUCAAAAUUCAACAUAACAAGAAGAGAAAAUGUGUUGGUGAUGCUGGUGAGAAGUCCACUUCUAAAAUAAUGAAACAAUUAACUCUUCCAGCCACCUUACCAAAGCCAGUUAAUUUCGACAGGUUACUUGUGAAUUUUUUAGUGGAUACCAUGUCACCCAUAUCAAUUGUAGAAAAUGAAUCCUUUAAGGCUCUUAUUGAGGGUGCACAACAGUUAACUGUUCCACCGAAAAUUAUAUGCCGGCAAACAUGUAAUACAAAAAUUGCAGAACAGUACACCGAAUAUGUAGAAAAUACAAAAGAACAAUUGAAAAAAGUUGAUUUUAUAUGUACUACGGCUGAUAUAUGGUCAUCAUCUAAAAGAAGCUAUCUUGGUGUAACUGCUCAUUGGAUUGAUUGUGAUACAUUUGAUCGAAAAAGCGUAACUUUGGCUUGUAGGAGGUUUAAGGGAACACAUAGUUAUGAUAAAGUGGCUGAGCUGAUUGCAGAGAUUCAUUCUGAAUUUGAUGUGAAACUUUCAAAAAUAAUAAACACUAUUACAGAUAAUGGAUCAAAUAUGGUCAAAGCUUUUAAGAUAUAUGGACAAGAUUCAGGUACAGAAUUAAGUGAAAGAGACAUUGAAGUUAUGCAUGAUAAUGGUGAUGAUGAUAAUGUGUUAACCCUAACACAAUUUCCGGAGUCAUCUGAUGAAUUUGAAGAGGUGCAACUGCCUAAUCAUGAAAGGUGUGCCACACACACAUUACAUUUGAUAGCUUCAAAAGAUAUGGAUAAGGCUAGAUCCCAAAGUAAUUCGUACAAAAAACCUUAUGAUGCAGCCAGGGCAAAAUGUCAAGCAGUUUGGAAUCUAUGUUCAAGGUCUCCGAAAGCCUGUGAAAUCUAUCUAGAAUCAACUGGAAAAUCCUCUACUUCUCCAUGUCCAACACGAUGGAAUUCAUAUCAUAAUUGCAUUCAAGAUCUACUAGCAGUAAAGGAUACCCUAAACGAAACUUUAAAAAAACUACAAUUGGUAAUUUUUAAAGAAAUUGAAAUCAAAUUUCUUCAUGAAUACAUAAGCUGUUCAAAGCCUAUUGCUGAGGGCAUCAGAAGUUUAGAAGGUGACAAAAAUACUUAUUACAGAUGUCUUAUACCAGAACUUAUGAGAAUGCAAAGAUUUCUAAGCAGUUUGCAAAUGGAUAACCCUACAUACUGUGAUGUAUUGAUAGAAGUUGUUAAAGAAAGUCUUAAUAGACGUUUUGAGAGGUUUUAUAAAUUAGAGGAGCCAAAAGCAAAAAAUGGCAUAAUAGCAUCUGUAUCUUAUCCCUUUUUCAAAAUGAAAUGGGUGUGCCAAAAGCCAACAGAGAAUACAUUAAAGAAGUAUUUGUUUCAGAAGUGA